AUGUUAGGAACGGCUCGUGGUGUCUCACUGCGUCUAGGAAAAAUAAACCUAGCAGCCUUAGACUCUGGUUUACAGAGUCGAGACGGUUACUUGAAAGCUAGAAGAAGACGAGAAAAAAGUCGACGCAAAAUUACAACCAAGAAGUACAUCCAUAUCGAGACAUUAUGGGUAGCAUGCAGAGCGAUUGUUUUCGGUGGUAUUAUUAUUACUUUUGGCAUUUUGAUGACCAUUCUUGGUUAUUUUGAUGUUUAUUUAUCUCAGGAAAUUGUAUACAGUAGAGAUGAUGGCACUGAUAAAGUCUUCACCAAUUGGACCAAGCGGUAUUUGUUAAAAAGUUUGCAAUAUCUCGGACCAGUUUUAAUGGGUAUUGGUUCAUUUGUUCUUAUUGUCGCCUGUGUUAUUACUCUCGAAAGCAGGGAUAAAAACACGCAGAUACUUCAUAAUGUAGAAGAAGUUGGUCGGUGUAAAAAAAGAUCUUUGUUGCAAAAAGAUAUGGCACAAAAACGUUUACCAAUGACCAACGAAGAGAUACGUAAAUGGACACCUCUGUAUAAAGCUGUCCCGUUGUCGAGAUAUGAUUCCAGUCUAACAAUGAACAAACAACGGAAAUAUCGUUCCACCCCUUGUAUACCUCAAAUGCUUCUCGAUGCUAUUGAUAAUAGGAAAUUAUGCGGACGAUAUUUUGAUAAUUAUUGCUGUGGUAUAUUUGACACCGAAAAUGAUUUGGUAUUGGAUAGGCAGGAUCAUGGUCGUGCUUGCACUUCCACAAGCAGCCACACUUCCCACUGGCAAAAUGUGACUGUUGAAUUACAUAGUCCGCCUUCGAUGCCGGUAUCGAAUACUGUAAAGUCACAACCGAGAAGUAGCGAUAAUGAGCAUAAUAGCAGUAAUAUUGUUGUUACUAUUAAUCCCUCUGCAACUACUGCUAUCACUGAUAUUACUCACUCUGCUACCGAUAUUAGGCCGCUUACUCGAGACAGUUGUAUAAUUGUGGAAGGAUUCGAGAGGCAUGCACCACUUGCAUCAUUGGACAUUGAAUUUGGAAUCUCCAGUAGCUCCUCCUCAUCGAAUGUGAAAGUUCCGAAUAUCGACAGCUUUUUUACCACAUGA